UGAUAAAAUUUAAAACAAAUUUAAUAAUCAAGACAUGCUUGCAAGAAGCUCUCAUUCACUACUGAGAAAGACCUUUGUGAUCAGGAAUCAACUGAGAUUUAGUACUAGAAGUCAGAACCGUACUAGAGUUCCUUUGAACGUUAAGAGUCAAGGAACCAACUCUAGUAAGGGAGAUAGAAGGAAUAAAGACAAGAAUUAUAGAAUUUAUCCAUUCUUUUAUAUCUUAUCGUUUGGAAUACUCGGAAGAUUUCUGAGUGAAGUUAAUACCUUUGGGAACAGUGUCAAAGAACUAAUAGCCUCUGCCCCUGAAGCCAUUCAGGAUGAUUUACAGUUCAUGAAAUUUUAUCAAGGAGAAAUUAAUAUGUAUAGCAACCUAACAAAUGAGGAAGUUAACUCUCUUCAGAAGCACAGUGAAUUACUUGUAUCAGGAGCUGAAAAAAUCCUUAACACAAAGGUUAAUUUCUUCGCACCAGUUUCUGCAUGAGGGUUAGCCUUUCAUUUCAGCUACUUCAACAUGAGAGGUUGGAAAGCUCUUCCAAUAAUAACUUUCAGUAUAUGGUUCUUGUGGAUAGUAUCUACUUCUUACCUACUCUUGAACAAGAAGAGCCAGAUCACUGGAGUACUUGACGAAUGGAGGAGAGUCAAUCAAGAGAUCACUAAAAUUAUAGAUGAGGAAAAACCAGUCAUAAAUUAAUGGCUUCAAUUUUAUAUAUCA